CUGGGCUGUCCCGAGGUACCCAACCCAUUGGCGUCUCCUGCUGCAUUUCAUUCCCAAGGCACGGAAUCGUGGGAUCUCUCAACCUUGAACCAUUAGUAUCAUCAUGCCAGCCAUCCUACCCUUUCCGGUCGGUACCUUAUCACCGAUGUACAACAAACGCAACUACACGGAAAACCAGGGAGAGGGCAAUAGUGAUGGCAAAGGUCAGGUAGUAAUAGUGGAAAUUGUCCUUGCUGGCCUUACCUUGCUUGUUGGGAUUAUGGCUCUCCGAAGCCUAAGAUUCCGUCGUUUUGCGUCUUAUUUGUUCCCUUCACGCUGCGUGAAUGCACUAGUACACCUGUCCCUCCCCCAUCGUCGUCAGACAUGUUGAUGUGUUCUUAGCCUCGCGAUCCUCAGCCGGAAGUUCCCAGAGCGACAACUGCCGUCCCAUCCACGGAUUUUGCUGGCCCGGUAAUAUCUUUAUGUUUCAUAGCCCCUAGUAUCCCAGCGCCCAACCCGCCACCACCCGCUCGAGCCUCCCCACGCGAGAGAAACGGUGUUCCGUGUGUAGAUAUGAGGGUAAUGCAAGUUGCGGGAUGUCCAGAUCCAAGAGGGCCCGGGCGGGUAGUAACUUGGCCGGGAACGUGAGGGCAAAUUUAUAGCGCCCGAUGCAAAAUGUCAUUCUGCAAGCGGAAGUUUGCAUAGCGCCCGAAGUCCUUUGGCAUUCCGUAUGUACUAGAUUCCACAGUGAUCCCCCUUUUGCAUCUACCGGUAUUGGGUAAAUACUUGAUAUCCGCCUCCAUAAUCCUCUCAACACCGCUAACAUUUUUCCAGAACAGCUUGAUAAAAUUAGCCCUGUCUCUACAGGAAUGGGGUAGGGAAUAUUUUAGUUGGAUAUAUACGGAAGAUGGAAUGAUUGAGCUCCAUGCCACGACGUUGGAAUUCCAUCUCCUAAUUGGGUUCCUAACCACUCCCCUCCCUAGACCUCACCUUGGGCUCACCCUGCGGUACUGUUUCG